AUGGGUAAAUUGGAAUUGUUACCAAACGAAAUAAUCAUUCAAUAUUUUAAAUAUCUUAAUAUAUUCGAUAUUUUUCAUUCAUUUGAUCAAUUAAAUUCGCGUUUUAACAAAUUAAUUCGAAAUAUUCCAUUAUAUCUAAAUUUUGAAAAUGUUCGAAAGAGAAUAUUUGAUCAAUUUUGUACUGAAAUUUUAUUAAAUCCAGAAAUGAAACAACAUAUAUAUUCAUUAAAUUUAUCAAAUAAAGAUUCAUGUGGUCAAAUCGAAUUAUUUCUUAAAUUAUUUUCACUCAACGAAUUUUCUAAUCUUCAAUCAUUAUCAUUGAUUGAUAUCCAAGAAGAUGAUGUCAUAUUAUUGAAAUCAAUGUUACCAUUAAUACCUCAAUUAUAUCAUUGUCAUUUGAUGUAUCAUCGUCAUUUGAUGAUAUUCAAUGAUAAAAUAAAUGAAACAUUGUCUGCUCUGCCAAUGUCUCAACUACAAACUUUAUCAGUAUCAAAACUGGAACUUGAUUUAACACCUACUAAUCAAAUUUCAUCAGUUACAAAGCUAACUAUUAACUAUUAUUACUAUAUUCCACUAAGCUAUCUAUUCAAAUAUAUGCCUAUGUUAAAAUAUCUCCAUAUUGGAAAACUCUAUUUAAACAAUACUGCGUCGAUAAAGUAUGAUAAUUGUGCUGGUCAUCUAAAAGAAUUAAUUAUAGAUGAUUUUGAAUAUCCAUUUGAAUAUUUUGAAAUGUUAGUAAAACAAACACCAAAUUUAAAAAUUUUAAAAAUAUCUGCCUCUAUUCAUAAAAGUAUCAUCAAUGCUAAUGCAUGGGAAUAUUUAAUUAAAACUUCAUUACCUUAUCUAAAUAUUUUUAUCUUUAAAUUCGAAAUUUAUCAUGGAGGACAAGAACACAAUGAUAUUACUGAUAUGUUUAAACAAUUUCAAAGUGACUUUUGGCAAAUAGAACAUCAUUGGCAUACUGUAUAUGUAUUAGAUAUUAAUUUUGCACUUAUUUUUACAAUACCUUAUUACUCAGAUACUUAUGACUUAGUAUGGUAUACUGAUAGUUAUUCAAAUAAAUCAGUAAAUCAUUUCAACGUACAUGAUAAAGUGACAAAUUUAAAAUUACAUAAUAAUUUAUCAAUAAAGAAAUAUCCAUAUUACUUUUCAAACGUCAGAGAACUAAGCAUAGCGUAUCUCUGGCCAUCGGAUAUUAACGACCGUUUAUUCACCGAAGAAAACAUAAUAUAUUUCAAAGAAAAGAUUAAUUUAUCGAAAUUAAAACAGUUAAAUUUGAGUUCGUAUUCUAUAGAAACAUCAAUUUUAUUACAAAUAUUAAUAGAAUCACCACGAUUAUCAGAAAUGACUCUUGAUACUGAUCUUAUUCGAUCAUUUUUCAAUAACAGUGAAUUAUGUGAAUAUUUAAGCAAAAUGAUCAAAACAUUGCAUAUAAUUGCGCAUAGUGGUUAUCAUAAUAUGGAAAAAUUUUAUGAAACAUUUUCAAGUUUAGAAAUACUUCAUUGUGGUUUCGUUCGUAUGUCUUCCGAAAAUGAUUGGAAUUUUUGGAUAUCUUUAAUAAAUCAUCUUUCACAAUUUUCGACAAUAAGUUUAUGCAAUAUAUCAACCACGUGGAUUUAUGAAGAAAAAUUCUUUUCUCAAUUGCAAAAUGAAGCUACGAACCGAAAUUUAAUCUUUCGAUUCAUACCUCCUCAUAAAAAUAAGAGUCAACAUAUUCAGACAGAAUUACAAAUAUGGAUUGAUGACAUGAAAUGA